GAAUUUUUUGAAGAGUUAGACAAAAAUCAUAAUAGAAAUGGUGGUUAUUUAGAUUUAUUAGCAGAAUUUAAAUGGGAAGAAAUAACUGUAAAUACCAUUAAGGACUUGAGUGAUUCAGAAUUAAUUCAAUUAGGUAUUACCAAAAUUGGGUAG